AUGCAGAUGCAGCAUCAGCACCCGGGCUUGGCCAGGUUAUGUGAAGCGAAGGAGACACCGCACCUUCGCCUCCUGUGCGUGCCAUACAGUGGCGGAGAUGCAUCAUCCUUCCGAUCAUGGGGGCUGGAGGAUCAGUACCUGGAGGUUUGGUCUGUUCGGCUGCCGGGCCGUGCGAACAGGGCCCAUGAGAAGCCUUUCAACGAUUGGAGGGCGGCUGUCAACGAAAUCGUUGUUGGACUGCAACAAUUUUUCCUGGAUGGCGUCCCUUUUGCAAUCUUAGGGCACUCGCUUGGCGCGCUGCUGGGCUUCGAGGUCAUUAGGUCUCUUGCAGCACAAGGCCUUCCGCAGCCGAUCCUUUUUCUCACCAGCUCGCAUGCGCCGCCCUGGAAGAAGAUUUCCGGGCUCGAGGGCGUGAGCGACAUGAAGCCAUCCGAGAUGCUGCCGCUGCUUUCAAAGCUCGGGAUUCUCUCCAAGGAGGUCUCGGUCGCUUCUGAGGCCCCAGAGUUCGAGGAUGAAGCACUGUCGGUGUUCCUCCCGGCAUUGAAAGCAGAUCUGGAGAUGUACAACAAUUAUUGCUGCAACAUGCCACCGUUCAACUUCGGUGACACUGCCGUUGCUGCUUUGAUCGGUCUUUCUGAUGCAGCCGUCUCUUUGGAAGAUAUGGAGGAAUGGGGAUCUUUUUGCCAAAGCUUUGAAGUCAAAGCCUUUGCUGGAGGGCACUUCUACUGGCAAGGGCAAGGAGGCAUCCGGGAGGAGGUUCUGGCGUACUUGGCCGACAAGCUACGCAGAUCUCUCCGCACUCUUCCUCGAAGCGUUCACUCACGUUUCGGUUGCGUGGAAAGCCCAUCGCAGCUCUGCGCAUUGACUACCUUGAUUUCCCGGCAUCCUCCAAACAGCUCGACGAUUGAGGACAAGCAUGAGAAAAUCUCGCUUGGGGAGCUGCGGGCUCGAAGCCAUGCGUUGGCAAGAGGCCUGGGCGAUGUUCAUCAGGCCACGGUGGCCACUUUGUUGCAUCAUGACAUUGCCUUCGUAACAGCCAUGCUCGCAAUUUGGCAAUCGAAUGCCUGCAUGAUGGUGUUGGACAAGUCCUUUCCCCCGGCGCUGGUCGCAGAGAGUCUAGCUCUGGCUGGAGUUCGUGUCCUGUUGGUUGCUGCAAACCUUCUGCACAAAGUUAAUGCAGAGGGUAUUCGUGUCGUCACACAUGAGCGGCACGAGCAUUCUGGUGCAGCUGAGUGGAAAGGCUUGUCAGCCCCCUUUUUCAGCCGCACGGAGGAUUUCAUCGACCUGGAAAGCCCAGCCUAUCUGGUCUUCACUUCUGGAACCUCAGGAAAGCCAAAGAUGGUCGUAAGCAGCCAUCGUAGUGCUACCUUUGGUCACCUGAGCAGGGCUCAUCUGGUCCCUUAUUCGGCCGGAGAGAAGGAGGGUGUGAACAUCAUGUUUUCAUGGGAGGUCCUACGAGGGAUUGUGCAGGGCACGGAUGUGGCGUGCAUCCCAGACUCGGCAGUGACAGAUCCAUCUGCCUUCCUCGACUUCAUCGAGCAACGCAACAUCACGCGGUUCCUGGCGACGCCAUCGCUACUUCGUACCCUACUCGAUGCCCUCGGCGCACCGGAGCAGGCGAUGCAGGCCCGUGUGCUCCGCGCUCUGAAAGUGGUGUACAGCUGUGGUGAAGCUCUGCCGGCCCAGACGGCGAGGAAAUUUCGGAGCAGCUUUCCAGACGCCACCCUGGUGAAUGUGUACUCCAGCUGGGAAGGUGGAGACCUUGCUAUCUACAAGGUGCCAGACUCGGUGCACAGGUGGCCGCAGUGCUGUUCUGUAGCGCCAGUGGGCUGUCUUCUUCCACACACGGCAUGCGCCAUCCUCGAUGGCAGCCUGCAGCCUGUGCCGGCUGGAGUAGUCGGGAGCCUCUACGUUGCCAGUGAGGGCCUCUCCGAUGGCUACUUCAAUGACCAGCAGCUCACGCAAAUGCGCCUGUUGAGCACGGACCAGCUGCCUGCGGUGAAGGAUUUAUUAGAGGCCUCUUUCCCACACCUUCAAGAGUAUCACCAGAGGCUGUCUUGGUACCAGACGGGUGAUCUUGGGCGCCUCCACCUUACCAAGCAGCAGCCUGUUCUGGAAGUCUGCGGCCGUGGUGAUAACACGGUGAAGUUGCGUGGCUACAAGGUGGGCUUGAGCUUCGUGGAAGAGGCAGUGAACAGACUGCCCCAGGUCUCUGCAUCAGUGGUCGUACCAGUCCUGAGCAAGAGCUCUGGGCAGCCGGAGUCUUUACUUUGCUACUACGAGGCAGUGGAUUCAUCGGGAUCCUCCCCCGGCCUUGAAAAGGCCAUGCGUGCACAGCUGCAGCAGAGCCUCCCACGCUGGGCGGUGCCCGCACACUUCCGCCGACUGCCAUGGGCCAUGCUCUCGGGAUCAGAGUCCAGGAAGAUUGAUCGAAGAAGGCUUGCUGUCCUUGCGGAGGAUCUUCAGGUAUCGGACAACUCGGAGCGGUCGGAGGCCCAUGCCGCGGAUCUCAACCCCAUGGAGGUUAAGGUGGCUGAAGUUUGGUCCGUGGUCCUCGGUGGCACGCAGAGUUUCGAGAAGCAGCACGACUUCUUCGACUACGGAGCCAGCCUUGAGUUUGCCGCGCUGAGCUCAACCUUGAAACGCCUGCACGGGAUCGAGGUGCCCGUCAAUGUGCUGAUGGCGGCGUCCACCUUGGAAGCCAUGGCCAUGGCCUGCUUCAAGGUUUGCCUCGGCGAAGCUCUUGAGGCAAAACCAGCCUUCAACAGCGAAGCGGAGGCUUCCAAAUUUCCACUAAGCACCCCUUCAGACGCAUCCAGGGAUGUACUUGAGCAGUACAAGGGCAAGAAGAAAAAAUGCGCAUUGCUGACUGGCUGCACUGGCUUCGUCGGUGUUCACAUCAUGAAGAAGCUCUGUUGCUCGCCGGCGGUAUCUGCAGUCGUUUGCCUCGUACGUGGCAGGGACGACUCGGCUGUCGAGCAACGCCUUGAUGAUGUUUGCCGGACUUGGUUUCCACAGGAUGCAAUGGCGGAUGCUGUCUGGAUGCGCAAAAUACAGUAUGUCAGAGGAGAUGUCUCGGAAGAAAGGUUCGGGCUCGAUCCUCAUAUUUUCCAGGCCAUGAAGACUGAGGUGGACGUAGUAUUCCACGUGGCCGCCGAAGUCAACAUGCUCAAGCCCUAUGAAGCUCUAGUCUCGGCGAACGUCACCGCCACAGCCCACGUCCUCAACUUCUGCGCAGAAGCGGGCGCGCCUCUUCUUUUCACCUCUACGGUGGAGCCCUCGCCCACGGAGAGACCUACCGGCUAUCGGCAAAGCAAGGAAGUGGCUGAGAAGCUAUGCCUCCGAAGCCGAGGUGUUCCCUCGGCCGUGUUUCAGCUCGGAGACAUUGGCAUGGGCAGCGGUCGCUUCGCAAAGGUCCCUGAGAGUGACUUCAUCGUCAUCCUGCUGCGUGCCUGUGUCUUGCUUGGAAAGCGUCCUCGCGCAAACUGGGCCGUCAGCAUUCUCAGCAUUGAACGCCUUGUCGACUACAUGGCCGAUCUCGCGUCCGACCCAGGGCUUGUCUUCGAUUCUGUUCCGCGAAAGCUGGUGGGCGCCAGGCUUCCUUGGCACCAGCUUUGUGAAUGGCUUGAACCAGAGCUGCCCAUGAAGCCGUGCUCCCUGGAUGCGUGGAAGAGGGCGGUGGCAGAAGCUUCCGAUCCUGGCGUGCAGCGCUUGCAGCUUCUACUUCCUGGAAUGGAGGCGGAGUUCCAGGCCGAGUUUCAUGCCGAGUCCCAUGUAAGCGCCGAACUCCCGGACCUUUCUGUGGACGAAGCUUGGGCGCGGAACCUGGGCCGUGCCUUGAGGGUGUCAACGGAGUCGACGAAGUCAGGGACGGAUGCGACGGAUGCGACGGUGUCAGCGACACUUCCCGGAUUUGCCGGGUUGGAAAGGAAAAGGCCCGUGUUGCAAAGUCUCCGGGCCUCGAGGGCCAGCGCUGAGAGAGUCGACGCCGUCGACUCCGUCGACUCUGUCGACUCUGUCGACGCGUGGGUCUGCCCGGGCCCUGGACAGGAACUUGUGCAGAGGAAGAUGCCUCUGCCGUUGCUUCGGCCAGAAACGGUGGAGAUCCAAGUGACCCACUGCGGGCUUUGCGGCAGCGAUGUGCACCUCAUUGAUGGUGACUGGGGUGACUCCUCUGUGUAUCCUCAAGUCUGUGGUCAUGAGAUCGUCGGUCUUGUGACAGCAAAGGGAAGUGCGGUGACGAACUUGCGGAUUGGCUCCCGCGUUGGGGUCGGAUGGCAGAAGGGCAGCUGCCUUCAGUGCCGCCAUUGCCUUAGAGGGAACGAACAGUUUUGCGAGGCUGUUGUCUGUACUUGUUGCGAUGGUGAGCAGGGUGGCUUUUGUACCCGCUUCCGCGCUGACAGCCGCUUUUGCUUUCUCAUUCCGGAUGGCCUCAGCUCGGCUCACGCCGCACCCUUGCUCUGUGCGGGCCACACCGUGUACACUGCACUUCUCGGAGCGGAGCCAGGUCAACAGGUGGGUAUCCUUGGCAUCGGUGGACUCGGGCACCUUGCAAUCCAGUUUGCGGCAAAACGCGGCUGCAUCGUCACGGCGCUGUCCUCCAGUGCCGCCAAGGAAGCAGAGGCCAAGCGGCUUGGGGCGAGCAAUUUCCUUCUUGCUUCAGACUACCCAGCCAAUGCGGGAACCUUGGAUUUUGUUCUUGUCUGUGGGAACCACAGUGCCGAUUGGAAGGGCAUCUUAAACAUGCUGGCACCUCAGGGUGCCAUUUGUUUUGUGGGCGCGGUGGCCCCCAUCACCUUCGACACCUUCACCAUGGGCUUCAAGGGGCUGCGAGUCCUCACGUCGAACACAGGGGGCCGUAAAGAGAUGAUUGACAUGCUUGACUUCGCUGCGCAGAAGAGAGUGGUGCCAAUGGUUCAAUCUCUGCCCAUCGCUGAGAUCAACGCUGGCGUCGCGAUGUUGCGGAAAGGUUCGGCAAGGUAUCGCAUUGUUUUCAGCAUGCCGCAGCAUGCAAAACUCUGA